AGAUUUACAAUGAUAUGGUGAAUCCGAAGGCUGGAACCAAAAAGAUCUUCUCAGCUUUAUAGUUUGAACAACAGUCAAUUAUCUACCAACAUUCAUCAUGGCUAAAAGUGCAGAGGUUAAACUGGCAAUAUUUGGGAGAGCAGGUGUGGGCAAGUCAGCUCUUGUAGUGAGAUUUCUGACCAAACGGUUCAUCUGGGAAUAUGACCCCACUCUUGAAUCAACCUACAGACACCAAGCAACUAUUGAUGAUGAAGUUGUCACCAUGGAAAUACUAGAUACUGCGGGUCAGGAAGACCCCAUACAGAGGGAAGGACAUAUGCGCUGGGGGGAAGGUUUUGUUUUGGUCUAUGACAUCACUGACCGGGGAAGCUUUGAAGAAGUACUGCCACUCAAGAACAUCCUGGAUGAGCUCAAAAAGCCCAAGAAUGUAACACUCAUCCUGGUUGGGAACAAAGCGGACUUGGACCAUUCCAGACAAGUUAGUACAGAAGAAGGGGAGAAGCUAGCCACGGAAUUAGCCUGUGCAUUUUAUGAGUGCUCUGCGUGUACCGGAGAGGGGAACAUCACGGAAAUCUUCUACGAGCUGUGCCGCGAGGUGCGACGCCGAAGGAUGGUUCAGGGCAAGACUCGGCGACGUAGCUCGACCACACAUGUCAAACAGGCCAUCAACAAGAUGCUUACCAAGAUCAGCAGUUAGGCAGCAUUGCUUCUACUUUCCAAGGUCCUACUGAGUGGGCCCAGGCAUUGAAACUCUAUGCCGCCUCCUCCCUUCUUAAGAUCUUACCCAUCCCACUCCCCCAAAAAAGAACCAACCCAAACCUCCAUGUAUUGCUCACUGGAAAUGUCGCUGCUUCCCAUGAGUCCCAGUUUCCCGUGUGUUGAAAUGUGAUACCCAGAGUUGACAGUGUUGCCCUUUCGUGCUUGAAUAGGACAUCCGCUAAUGUCAUCACCAGAGAUUCUGAAGCGGCCGGAUUCAUAAUUAGCUAUUAUUAGGCUUCUUCACCUUGCUUGAGUGGAUUGACAUCUUCUCCAAAGCAUUUUUGGAUUGUAAACUAAAACUAUAAAUUCUUAUGUUCAGUGUAUUAGGUCACAAUGAUCCAGGAACACAGAAGGAGUGGAGGUAAUGAAACAGGAAGUAGAGAACUAGAAGUCCUCUUUGCAGCGAAGGUUUUCUGAAUUAUCUUAAAUCCUUGAGCUUUUCUUUAACCCUGAUUUUGUUCUUAAAUUCACACAUGCUCUUAUGGAGCUUUCCAUAUUAAUCAAAUAUUCCCUCUCAAUUUGAGUUUGUUCUCUCAGUCAUCUGUAGAUCGUUACACUGAAUUCUUCUCUGACUCAAACAAGACUGAAUUUGACCCAUCUAUUCAGUUCCCAACAGGCAAUUAUUUACAAAGCCCAGAGUGCUGGAAUCCAUUCACCAAACCCACUGUAUUGAAUGUGAUUUAGGAAUUCUAAUUCAUUUUUUCUCUGUUUGGAAUUCUAGAAUGAAUGAUCAAAUUUUAUCUUACCUGGAAAAGGUGACUAUUAAUCAAAUUCUUAUAUUGUGAAAAUACAGCCUAGCACAUAAAAGUUUGAUUCUUUUUACCUUUUAUGCCCCCCAUAUCAAAAUUUGGGCACUUUAUUUUAGAAGAAAAUAUAUAUCUUUUACAUAUGUGUGUAUUUAUAAAUGCAUAUAUAUAUGGAUCAAAAUUUGUAAGUUGGAGGUUUUAUUCACUAAACCAUUUGGAAAAUUUGGUGUGACUAUUUUAUGUGACUAAAAUAAAAAGCAUAAUUUU